AUGGCUCCUCCAUUCUUUUCUGACAUAUCUAAGGAUAUCAACGGUCUGUUGAACCGUGAUUUUUACCACGCUACACCAGUAGCUAUCGACGUUAAGACGACGGCGCCAAACGGUGUUGGUUUCACUGUGAAAGGUAAGACCUCUCCAAAGGACGGAUCUGUUGCCGCCAACGUUGAAGCUAGAGUUUCCGAUAAGGCUACUGGCUUGACGCUGACUCAGGGAUGGUCAUCUGCCAAUGUUCUCAACACCGUUAUUGAGCUUGCUGAAUUAACACCGGGCUUGAAGUCGGAAUUGGUGACCUCAUGUGUCCCGGGUACUUCCAACGCUGCUAAAUUGAACUUGUCCUUUGUUCAGCCAUCUUUCACUGCUAGAGGUUUCUUCGACUUGUUGAAGGGUCCUUCUUUUGUUGGUGACCUAAGUUUGUCCCAUGACGGUUUCGUUGCUGGUGCAGAAGUUGGUUACGAUAUUGCAGGUGCCACAGUGUCCAGAUACGCUGUUGCUUUAGGAUACACAGCUGGCUUGUACUCUGUUGCAUUGUCUUUGAACAACGCUCAGAUGACAACCGCUUCUUUCUUCCAAAAAGUUAACCCAGCUUUGGAGGUCGGUGCCAAGGCCGCUUUGAACCCAGCAGCUGGGUCUAAGGUUAACAUUGAGUUUGCUACCAGAUAUGCUUUGGACCCAACUUCUCAAGUUAAGGCUAAGGUCGCUGACUCCGGUAUUGUUGCUUUGGCCUACAAGCAACAAUUAAGACCAGGUGUUAGCUUGGGUGUUGGUGCUUCUUUCGAUGCUUUGAAGCUUGCUGAGCCUGUCCACAAGUUGGGAUGGUCUAUGUCUUUCGCUGCCUAA